CCAGCCCCACAGAAACCCCCUAAGCCAGCCAAGGCAACCUCCCUCUGCCCGCCCCAGACGGAGACGCACACGCUCACGAGGUCCGUGCGCUCCCUCGAUCGCAUGGCCGCGCCGGCGACCAGCCUCCGGCGCGCGGAGCUGUGCGCCGCCGCCGUGUCGGCCGCGGACGUGGCGUCGUGGUGGUGCGCGGUGGCGCUCGUCGCGCUCGUGCUGCUGGGCGCGCUCAGCGCGGAGACCGCGGACGGCGACGGGGAAGGCGCCGCGGCGUACUUCCGCGGCCCGCGGCUCGGCGGCGCGGCGGCGCGGCCGUGCGACGAGGUGUACGUGGUCGGGGAAGGCGAGACGCUGCACACCAUCAGCGACAAGUGCGGCGACCCGUUCAUCGUGGAGAGGAACCCGCACGUGCACGACCCCGACGACGUCUUCCCGGGGCUCGUCCUCGCGCUCCGGCCGACCAAGAACACCUAGGCCUUGGCCGUCUGACAUGCUGCUGCUCCGUGCGCGCGCGCCGGGGUGAGCGCGGAGACCUCGAAGAGUUCUGCUGUGCCCCCUGCGCUGCUUCUUUUCCUUGGUUGCUUUGAUCCUUUCCUUGUCAACUGCCCAUCUUCAUCUUGAUGAAGUUUCUUAUGAGAGGGGAGAAAAUGGCAACUUGUAUAUAUUAAGAGGAUGUUGCGAGUUUUAUAUGAGUACAAAUUGAGUUGAAUGGGCCGGCUCUAGUUCGUUUUA